UUUAGACGGAGCAUACGUUGUUUUUGCAUCUAGGACCAACGAUUGGCUGUUAAUUUAUUCAAAUAUUUCAAAAACACCUUAGAUACCUACUUUGAAAAUGAAUCAACCACCACAGGGUACUUCAAGCAUAAAUCCCCGAAAUAAUAAAAUUGAACUUUUAGAUAGAAUGAAAAAAUCCAAUACAAUUUUGUAUCUACCUAGUGGAAUUGGCAAAAUCUACAUAGCUACAACGCUAAUUAAAUACUUUGGAGGCUGUUUAACUAAACAAAUGGGUAAGGGAAGAAAAUGGACUUUUUAUAUUGUCCGAUCUGAAACUAUUCUUAGCCAACAAGCAGAUAAAUUAAGAAGUCAUUUGCAGUAUAUUAUAGGCACUAUUGGUGCUGAUGUGAACACUAACCGUUGGUCUUCAGAAACUUGGAAUUUAAUAUUGGAAAAAUGUCACAUUCUGGUCAUAACUGGUCAGGCUUAUAUAAAUAAUCUGAAUCAGGGUUACAUGAAUAUCAAUGAUGCUAAUCUUCUUAUUUUUGAUGAAUGUCAUCUUGCUGUAGCAUUACAUCCAUUUCAACAAAUAAUGCAAGUAUAUGAUAAUGCUAGUUUAAAAAGUGAUGAACGUCCUCAUAUUCUUGGAAUAACUGCUACUUUGAUUAAUAAAAAUACCACAAAUGUCAAGGAUGAACUUAUAAAUUUGCAAAACACUUUCAAUAGUCAAAUCGUAUCCAAACUCAAUGAAAAUAUUCAAGUUUUUUCAGCACGCCCAAAAGAACAUAUAAGUUUAUAUGACGAGUUCAUUUUGGAUGAUGAACUUAAAGCUAUUAUUAUUCGUGUAUCAAAAAUUAUUAAACAUUUAGAAUAUUCUCAGUCUAGUGCGAAUCUCAUUGACGGUGGUCCGUAUAUGACAUAUAUAGCCACUUGGUAUUUUAUAAUUGAUGUUGAAAAACAAAAAAAAAUUUGCAACGAUAAAGAUAAAUGCAUGAUGUUAUUUAUAUUAAACAAUGUGUCUUUAAAAGUUAAACAGUUAAUGCAACAUUUAUCUUCUCUAAAAGUCACUGAUUCUUGCUUAGUACUUGUUGAUCAACAAAAAACUGCUAAAUAUUUAAAUAAUUAUAUCAAAGAAUACACACAGGAGUAUAACUUAAACAAUAUUUUAUCUGAUUUUAUGGAUGAGGCAAAAGAUCAAAAUGAAAUAAAAUAUAAAAGACGAAGAAAUAUUGGUGUCAUUAAGAAGUUUAACGAAAACACUAUAAAUGUUCUUAUAACAUCAGAAAACAUAGAAGACAUUGAUAUUUAUGCAAGUAACGUGGUUAUCACAUUUGAUUUUCCUAAAAAUUUUUUUUCGUACAGAGAAUCUAAAGGAAGGGCACGUUCUUCUGAUGGUAAAUUUAUUAUUAUGGUUCCAAACAAGUUGGAUAUCCAUAAAACUCAUUUUGAAUUUAUUUUAAUGGAAGAAGAAUUCAAAAAAUUUUUGGAAGAAAUUGACUGAUAUUUAAGAAAUUAAAUUUUAUUUGUUGAUGUGGAAUGAAGAGGAUUUCAAUGUAAUAUUGAUCAGUGGUGUAGCCAGAGGAGUGGACAGAGGGUCCAUACAGAAUAUUGUACGUUGAGUAAUUUCUCUAAACAGUUGAGUUGUUAGUAU